AUGCCUCCCACCAUCGCCGCACGCGGCGGCCCCCAGUCAUCCCGUCCACACAGCUCCGGCGCAAGCACAUCAACACUCCCCAGCUCCAGAGGCCCAGGCAAGGGCAAGGGCAACGGGGUCGCGGGCAAAACCCCCUUUGCCAAAGGCAGAGCCGCCAGACAGUAUGCCGUGCAUCUCGUCUUUUUCCCCCUCGACGCACCCGAUACUAACCUACUCAGCCGCAAGAUCUUGCGCGACACCAUCGACGGGAUCAGACGCAUCGCGAAUGGAGUGGUGAACUAA